AAUAAAUAAAUAGAUUAAAAAAAGAAAAGUUAAAAAAACAAGAGAAAGCGGUACUGGAUUUAGCGCUAAGGAGGAGCCAGAGAAGGAACAAUUUUCCAUUAUCGGAUCCCAAGGAAACGCUGUAACAAAACCCAUUUCGUUUUUUCCAAUGAAAUUCAGAAGAAAUGGGUAGGAAAUCUGCUUCAAUUCCCACUCAAAUUGAGCGCAGUUCAAUGUAACAGAGAGAAGCGAGCUCUUGCACGCAUAUAUAUAUAUAUAUAUAUAUAUAUAUGUGGAUCGGCCAUGAAAAUAUGAUAAUUUGGUUGGGUUUUAUCGAGGUUUAAGAGGGAAUUUCAAAUAUGGGUGGCUCUGGCGAAUCAUCCGAGGGUCAAAGCGCCAGAGAUUUCAUCUGCCACGCCGGUGCCGGUGCUGCUGCUGGUGCAAUUGCUGCUACAUUUGUGUGCCCUUUGGAUGUGAUCAAGACAAGACUUCAGGUCCAUGGCCUCCCUUCUGGUCACGGAGGUAGUGUCAUUAUCACGAGUUUACAGAAUAUAAUAAAGACUGAAGGUUUGAGGGGGUUGUAUCGUGGCCUUUCUCCAACACUAGUAGCCCUACUUCCAAAUUGGGCCGUGUACUUCACAGUUUAUGAGCGACUAAAAGACCUACUCCAUUCACAUGGGGAUGGCAGAAAUGAACUCACAGUUGGUAAAAACAUGAUAGCUGCUGCUGGUGCUGGGGCGGCUACUUCCAUUUCAACAAAUCCGUUGUGGGUUGUUAAGACCAGACUUCAAACACAGGGAAUGAGACCAGAUAUAGUUCCAUACAAAAGCAUGUUUUCUGCUUUGACAAGGAUUGCACAUGAAGAAGGUCUACGAGGAUUUUAUAGUGGUAUUGUGCCUUCAUUGGCGGGGAUAAGCCAUGUUGCAAUUCAAUUUCCGGCUUAUGAAAAGUUGAAGUGCUAUUUUGCAAAAAGCGAAAACACAACAGUUGAUAAGCUAAACCCAAGCAGUGUUGCUAUGGCCUCAGCAAUCUCCAAAGUACUUGCAUCUGUAAUGACUUACCCCCAUGAAGUUAUUCGCUCCAGGUUGCAAGAACAAGGGCAGGCCAGAAACACUCAGGGCCAAUAUGCAGGAGUUAUUGAUUGUGUUAAUAAAGUGUUUCAAAAGGAAGGUCUUCGUGGUUUCUACCGUGGCUGUGCUACUAAUCUGAUGAGAACAACUCCUUCUGCCAUUAUUACAUUUACCAGUUAUGAGAUGAUACAUAGAUUUUUGCAAAAGGUUAUUCCUCCUGAUAACAAUCAUUCAAAAGCAUACCCUAAAUCCGAUGGCAGGGUGAUAUCUCCGCAUCAAGGAAAUGAAGGUUCAGGCCAAGCGGAAAAUUCUACAGAUUUCCAGCAAUCACAAACACAAACAAAUAAGACAACUCCAUCAAUACCAUUUGGUAACGAAGAUCAGCUAAUCGCAAGACACUGAUUGACUGCUAUUUCAUUUUGAUCGAUUGCCCUAUGAGGGAAUUUUCUGUAAGAAUAGAGAAUUUAACUUGAAAAAAGUGAAUAAAUCUAAGUGAUUUUUUUUUUCCCCUUGUUUGGUUUAUUUUGGCUUCAAUAGCCUUCAUUGUUUAUGAUUUGUUCAAAUGGUUCUUUCCCCUUCUUCUGUGGGACAGGGAAGAAAAGAAUUACUGCAUUCUUUUUGGCUUUGUUAAUAAAUGAGUUUAUGUAAUUUAAAAUUUCAGUUUGUUCA